AUGUCUGCUGCAGCUGUGCUGCGUGGUUGCUGGGGCGGCAGGACCAGCGCGCCCGCCCUCAGUGGAGGCCCUCUGGGCGAGGGCUGCUGGCCCUUCGCCUGGGCCGAGUUCCACUGGGGGCCCAGCGACGACGAAGGCUCGGAGCACACCCUCGACUACUGCCGGUACGCCCUCGAGCUGCAGGUCGUGCACGGGCCCUGCGAAGGCGCGCAGUACGACUACGUCUGCGUCGCCGUACUCUUCGAGGCGGUCAUGGAGGACAACCCGUACCUGGACCCGGUGGUGCAGGCGCUGCACCAGGUGAGGCGUCCCGGCUGCUCCGCGCAGCUGCUGCCCUUUCCGCUGGACUGGCUGUCGCCGCCGAUGGAGCAGUCUUACCUCUCCUACUGCGGCUCGCUCACCAGGCCGCCCUGCAGUGAGGGCGUCCUCUGGAUCCUCCGGCCGCACCCGCUCACCAUCUCCAGUCGGCAGCGUCGCUGCACAGCCUGCAGUGAACCCCCGGCUGCCGCUUCGUCUGCCUACGCCGCCUUCGCCGCCGCCUCCAACGUCGCCGCCUCCACCGUAAUGAAGUAG